CUUACAUUGUUGUGUUCAGAGACAUUUUGCCGUUACGCCAGUUGUCUAAUAUCAAAGAUUCUAUUUUUACAGUUAUGCAUCUGCUGUCGUUGAAACGUUUCAAACGAGAUUCAUUUGUUACGCGCGAAAGUGCUGUGUUAUUGACAUAGUGUUUGAUUUGUUGUUGGAGUAGUGGGUGUGUAUGCCAAGAAGUAAUUAUGACUGUAACAAACUUAGCUUUGAGUAAAGAGGUUGAAAGCAAUAACAUGUUCCUGACGCCGGCUGCGAAGAAAAAAGGAAAAAUCGGCGCUAAAAAGAAACAAGUGCAAAUUGAACCACCUCCACCACCCAAAAAACCUGAGAAGAAAGUACCAGAGGGGAGAAAAUAUGCGCAGAUUGCACCAGAAUCUAUUAAAAUUAAGGGUGAAUGUGUUGGAGUUGAUGACUUGGAUGAUGCCGUAGCAAAAGCUUUGAGUGAAGAAGUUAGCUACAGGCUAAGGGAAAUUAUUUCAAAAAGUACUAUUUACAUGCGUCAGACCAAGAGCACCAAACUAAGCAGAGCCCACUUGAAGAGUGUGUUUGUUGCAAAUGAUUUGGAAUAUAAUUUAGGCCAUCUAACACCACCUUCAUUCAAUUUGCUUGAAGGACCAGAAAUUUUUGUCCAGCUGGAUUCAAUCGAUAAUCUUGAAGAAAUGGUUGAUUCUAAUGAAGAAUUAGAGCAAUUUCAACCAAAAAUAGCAGGUAAAAUUGUACUUCCAGACAAAAGAGUAAAACCUGCUGAUCCAAAUAAGAAAACAGCAAAUGGGACUGGAUCCCUUGAAGGAAAGACUGUUGUUCCAGUUGUUCCAGAUAAACAGUCAAAAUCUACCACAGCAAACAAGAAACAGGAGACAGAGCCAUUGGAAGUUGCCUGUGUGCAGCUCAGCGAUCAUCUUUAUGCUUUGGGAUUACGAAAGGUUGCUAAGACCUGAAUCUUCAGUCACCAUUGUCAGCAUUUGUCACUGAACCAUUUCAAAAUAUUUGAAAGAAAUUUUAGCUCUCUUUAAAGUGCUGUUGCAGCAUAUGCAGAAAGAUAGAGCUUGCAGUUAUUGUGGAGCAUGAUUGAAGAAUUAUUAUGCAGUCACAGAAAAAGAAAAGCAGUAUAUAAACAUAAAAAUUCUGAGAAGAUAAUAUUAUGUAAUUCAUCUACUUCUCCCAGUGUACUUCAUGUUGAAAUAGUCCACAGAUGAACUACUCAGUGUCAGUGCCCUGAACAUUGACAUCAGGCAGUUCACUCGUGAACUAUUUUGACAACGUAAUAUUUCAUUGACAUUUAUAAAUGUUGUGUAAUAUAACAGAACUUACAUUUACAAUUGUGAUCAUGAAGCAAGUGGAUAUCCUUAUGACUUAAAGGACAUACAGGUUACACUGCUGUAAAAUAGAUAAUUAGGUUUUCAGUUUGUCUUCCUAGGUUAAAGUAAUAUCAUGGAUCACGGUGAGAAUGGGUAACAUAGUGUUUGGCCACAUUUAAUGACACUGCUCAUCUUUAUUCUAACUUAGAUGUUUUACUACAAGUCUCAUUACAGUAGUAAUUGUAUUUGCUGCCUAUCAUUCUGUGUUAUAAUAUUUCAAAGACAUCUCUGCAGUUCAUCAUUCUUUAGUAAAAUUGUACUGAAUAUGCAUAUUAAUACAUUUAAAAUGUUGCCAAAUGCAUUAAAGUGGUAUUAAACAUAAAAAUACAAUCUAGUCUGUAAAAAUGCGGGAUUAUUAUUUUUAGUGUAGGGUUAUCUACAUAAUGGACUCAUUCAGUGUGAAAAAUUGUGCUAAAAGAUUUGAUAUUUUGUUAAUUUUAUUUAUUUAUUUAUUUCCCUCUUGUAAAAUGUCAGGAGUUCACUUAGAUAUAACUAGAAUUAACACUUUUCACACCUCAAGUAAGAUAAUUGUGCAGAAGGAAGUAUUUUCACAAAGAAAUAUUUUUAAAAAACUUUAAGAGAUUAUCUUUUACAAAGUGUAACACAGAUUAUGUGUUAUGUUGAAAUAUAAAGAUAAAAGAAUACAGUUGUGUAUGUCCAUG